UUUUCUUUUUUACCCAGAAAAGUUUUGAAAUCGCAUCUGCCGUUUCCGAUUCUGUGUCCGAUUCUGCUCCCCUUCGCUCUGCGAGCCUUAGGCCGAGGCUUUCCAGGAGUCCAAGAGGCUUGAAAGGAAGCCUUGCACGGAGGGAAAUCAAGACCUGACUCCGGAGUUGAAUAUGUAAGUUAGAAAUCUUUCCUGAUUCCUCCAGAGAGGAAAGGAUCUUUUGAGAGAAGAGGAUUAAAUGGCCUUGGCAGCUUUGUCCAGACCUCUUGUGAUUAGUAAGACCUGAGGAGGUCCAUCAGUCCAUUUUGGAGUUGGAUUAAAGACCAGAGAGAAGAUGGAGAGACAGUGCCCAGCACAUGCAGAAGUUGGAAAAGGACCUCCAGUUACUCAGCCUUGGAGCUGUGGGAAGAAUGGGGCAAGUCCUGGGCAGAAGAGCCAAGAAGUCAGUUCAGGCAUCCAAUGUUGUGACUUCAGAAAAGUGCAGUUUCAGGAGGGGAGCCGUCCCCGAGAUGUUUGCACUCAGCUUCACUACCUUUGCUGUCAGUGGCUGCAACCAGAAAAACACACCAAGGCUCAGAUGCUGGACCUGGUGCUCCUGGAACAAUUCCUGGCUGUCCUUCCCCCAGAGAUGGCAAGAUGGGUGCGGGAGUGUGGAGCAGAGACCAGUUCCCAGGCGGUGUCCCUUGCCGAGGGUUUCUUCCUGAGUCAGGAGGAGAAGAAGAUGCAAGAGGAGUUGCAGAAAUCCUUGGAAGCGGUGACUGAGUAUGCCAAGGAAAAGAAAUAUUCAUCCAAACCUUCUCAAGAACUGCUGUUCAGGGAGGGCUUCCAGAAAAAUCAAAAUCAGGACAGCACAUCAGAGAGUAGAAAGCAGUCCUUGGUGGUUUUAGAAUCACCUCAUCUUUAUGGUGAAGCUGAAAGAGUAGCUGAACCUGUGCCUCAGGGCCAUUCUCAUCUACCAUUACAACCUCACCCAACACUUCCAUGA